AUGGCUAAAACAUCAGAGAAACAGCCCUUCUUUGGGUUCAGAGGAGGAUGGCUCACAUUCUGGAUCACUGUUGCUUGCGCAACAGACAUGAUGCUCUUUGGAUACGAUCAGGGAGUCUUCAGUGGUGUCGUUGUGACUCAGGAUUUUCUUCGACUUCACAACCUCGUCGGUCCAACAAAGACAAAUCUUCUCGCAACCGUAACAGCUAUUUAUGACAUAGGCUGUUUCUUUGGUGCAGUUAUUGCUCUUACUAUUGGUGAGAGACUCGGUCGAAAAAGGGCCAUUCUUCUGGGAACAGCCAUUAUGUCGAUUGGAACCAUCAUCAAAGUUACCUCGUAUAGUCUGCAGCAGAUGAUUGUUGGACGUAUUGUCUUGGGAAUUGGUAAUGGUAUCAAUACUGCCACGGCGCCGAUAUGGCAGACCGAAACUGCUCAAGCAAGAUGGAGAGGUAAACUCGUUAUUCUCGAGAUGGCUAUGAACAUUGCUGGUUUCUGCCUCGUCAAUUGGAUCAACUAUGGUCUUUCAUUUGUUGAAGGGUCUGUUGCGUGGCGAUUCCCUCUUGCCUUUCAGUUUGUCUUUAUCUUUAUAUUGUUUGCUACUGUUCCCUGGCUUCCAGAGUCACCGCGAUGGCUCAUCGCCCAUGGUUGCACUGAAGAAGCAGCAGAGAUUCUGGCCUGCAUAGAAGACAAGCCCACAGCAUCCCCGAUCGUCACGGCUCAACUCCACGAGAUCCAGUACAGUGUUGACUACGAGCGCUCACACACUAUCAAAUGGAAAGACAUUUUGCUGCGCCGUAAUAAAGAUACGGCUGAUACAAAGACCCUUCGUCGUCUACUGCUCGGCGCAAACACACAACUAAUGCAGCAAUUCGGAGGCAUCAAUAUUAUGAGCUACUACAUGCCCACAGUGCUCAUCAACAGCGUCGGUCUGACGGAGAAAAUGGCUCGUUUACUCUCGGCCUGCAAUGCGGUGUCUCACCUGGUGUUCUCUUCCGCCGCGGUCCUUCUCGUUGAGAGAUGGGGGCGAAGAGGACUCAUGUUGCUCUCCACGGCUGGACAGCUUCUGUCGUUUUUAGUCAUCACUAUACUCCUACGGUAUGCAGUUGGCGAUAAGAAGGAAGCGCUAGGGUCAGCUUCUGUCGCCUUUUUCUUCUUUUACUUUAUCUCAUUUGGCGUGGGCAUGCUGGGUGUUCCAUGGUUGUACCCUACCGAAGUGAACUCACUCCCCAUGCGAACAAAGGGUGCUGCCCUUGCUACGGGAACCAAUUGGAUCACAAACUUCAUCGUUGUGGAAAUCACACCCAUCGGUAUCCAGAACCUUGGGUGGCGUUUCUGGAUUGUAUGGACUGUGACGAAUGCUCUUUUCCUGCCCAUGAUUUACCUUUUCUACCCAGAAACUUCAAACCGCAAACUUGAAGACAUGGACGCCUAUUUCCGAGAGAAUCCUUCCAUCAUUGUUGUCAAGGACAAAGAUUCUAUUACCGCUAAAAGGCCUGAGAAAUACAUGGAACAAGAUCGGGAGGACAUUCGAAGAGAAGUCGCGGCGAUUAGGGGAGUUCGGUCUGAAGAGAAGGAAUUAUGA